CCCAUUUCCAAAUAACUUUAGAAUUAAUAUAGGCAGUUUUAAGACCAAAACAAAUAUUAUACAUAAACUAAAAAACUGUGACCUCUAUUUUUUGUUAUUUAAACGAAAACGGUUCAAGAUCGCCGUACCAGAGAUCAGUGCGCCAUACAAGCUCAGUGUCUAUUUCCGUUUCGUAUAGGUGUUCUUCCUGGUUUAUGUUCGCUCGAAUAAUUACAUCGCGCUAGAAAUAGCCACAAGUUUUGAAGCCAGCGGUCUUAGACAUAGAAUUUUCGUGUGCGCUUUAGUUAUGAUAUCAAUGGUUAUAUAUAGCACAGAGUGAUUUUUAGAUAUUUCUUUAGUAUUUUUUGUAAGUUAGUGGGAUGCAAAAUUUAUUGUGAAUCAGCGAGUGCAUGCAGUCCAAAAUGCCCGACUGCUGUGCCGCAGCGAAUUGUAAUCAGUGCACAGACCAGUCCAACGUUGCUUUUUUCAGGUUUCCACUAGACCCAGAGCGAUGUAAGCAAUGGUUGGAUAACUGUCGCAGACCUGAUCUUGAGACGAAAACACCAGAACAACUGCACAGACUCUAUAAGCUCUGUGCAAAACAUUUCGAGCCUUCCCUUAUAUGCAGGCAUAGUGCUCUUAGAACGGUGUUGAAGGAAGGUGCUGUUCCAACUAUAUUUGACUUCACUAGCCACCUGAACAAUCCGCAGAGCCGCAACAGGAAGCGAAUACGAGAGCCUACUGAUGAGGAGCUUGCUGCCUUGAAGAAAGCAAAAGAUGAGUGUCCUGCACCUGAAGUGAAGGAGGAGCCAGGAGAGAACAGCACUAUAUGUGAAUUGGAACCAGAACACCAAGAGAAAGAGGAUCCCUCCACAUCCAAAGCGAAGGAAACCCUGAAACUGUAUUUUAAGGAAACUCUGGCUUUCACUGGAUUCAGCAUCAGGAACGAUGCUAAGUCAAAUGCACUUGAGCCCAUGGGAGGCCACGGAGAGCUGCCCCAUCUCAACCCCAUUUGUGCAGAAAAAAUUGACCAGAAAGAAGUUCUGCAGUUCAGUGAAGACCUCAUGCGGGAAGAGAUACGUAACAGUUUGAGGUCUGCCCGUUUUUUCUCCAUCCUGUUACAGGAUGUAGCCAGCAUUGAAGGAAAAGACCAGAUACCGGUGUUCAUCAGGUCCGUCACAGUGGCAGGGUUCCCACAGAAGCACCUAAUGGGAUUCCUUCCCUGUGACGUAGACGCAGACACUUUGGCUUACAUGCUUCUCUCAGCCAUACGCAAUAAAUGGGGACUGCGAAUGGAACACUGUAGAGGGCUUACAUACCUCACCACUGGGAGCAUCUGCCAGAAGAUGAAAGACCUGUCCAGCAGGAUCCUGCGGGAGUUCCCACAGGUGGUAUUGGCACCCAGUGACCCAUACGCGUUUAACAUGUGGCUGAUCCGUUGUAUGCCAAUCAUCUCCAUCCAAAAAGUAGUAAACACUGUGGAAGAGGUCGCAAAUCUGCUGAGAAAAUCUUUGACUCUCUGGGAAAAAGUAGAAGCAAAGAUCUCGUCUCUGUAUGGCCACAUGAAAGGAGAGGUAGAUAGGAUCAAGGAGGCCUGCCAGAACCACUGGGAGUAUGGUGUUGACGCCUUCCAGACAAUGUUGGACAUUUUAGAGCCACUGCUUAGCUGCAUUAAUGAGAUGAACACAAGCGACGCGGACACUGCAGAGCAGAUGGCCAGGUUGCGGCCAGUGCUGAUGGAUUUCAGUUUCAUCAUCACUCUUGUUGUUUUAAAGAACACGUUGUGUUGUGUUAGUAUCCUCAACCCCAGUCUGAAAGGAACAAUUAGCAUCAGUAGCACUUUGCAGUACACCAUCUCGAAUGCCUUAAAGCUACUGAACAAACAGCUACAGGAGAUUGCAAUAUUCCACAGAAAAUGGUACUCUGAUGCUGUAUGUAGGGCAAAGAAGCUGGGAGUUGAAGUCUCUCUGCCAGAGAUCUCUGAAGGGAAAAGUAAAGAGGAAAUCGCUCAAAGCUCUCCAGAAGAUUUUUAUCGAGAGACAUUAAGUGCUCAGAUUCUGCAGUAUCUGAUUGAAGAAGUGAAGAAGGUGUUCAGCACCGAGAUGGUGCGGAUCCUUAGAUGGCUGUCUCUGGUGCCUUCUUACAUGGCUGACCACAAUUUCAGCAUACGUAGGGACAAAGUGGCAGAUGCUAACUUGAACAACCUCGCCAGACCUGACUCCUUUUACGAUGAGCUUGGUUGCUGGGAGGUCAAGUGGAAACAUGCAAGCAAACGCAGGAUCCUCCCCACAACAGUUUUUGGGACCUUGAAAAUUCCAGAUAUUGGAUUUUACCCCAAUGUUCAGAGCCUGCUGAAAGUCCUAGGGACCAUUCCCUGUGUAAAUGCUGAGGCAGAUGUGUAUGGACAAUAUGAUAUGGUAUUGGAUCGAUACCAUUCCUACCUGAGGGCUACACCAGAGGACCAGAGAGUUCGCAACAUGGCGUUUGUUUACGUCAAUCAAGAUGUGCACUUCAAUUUUGAAGACAUGGUUGAAUCUUUCGUCCAGAAACAUCCUGACAUAUUGCAGCAAUUGCACAUGGAGGAUGAUGUGACUGACACUCAAAUUGCAGCUUCAGAAGAUGGUGAAAGAAAUGACUUAAAAGAAGAAGUCGAGGAUACACAAGUCAUGACUUUUGUGGCUGAGGAAGAGAAAAUGGAUCAUUCAGGAUGCGCAGAGACUGAUAAAGAGGCACUGAAAGCUGCCCUGCAGGCUGCUGUGACAAUGGCAUGCAAAAGCCAAAGCAAGCAGUCUACAGAGGCCAGUGUAGAACAUGGAGGAGAUGUUGAGUAUGUGUCCAGGUCUGAAAUGAAGGAAGUUCUCUCUGUGUGCGAGGAUGCUGUGAGAGUAGGAAUUCUGUCUGAGGUUGGAAACUCUUUUUUCUCCCUCUUCAUUGAUCGCAUGGUGAAGAUGGGGGAGAAGGAGUACCUUCCCCUUUUCCUCAGGUUUGUGGAUAGCUUCGAUGUCAUGAGACUAGAGCUAAUGGGAUUUCUGGAGGCAGAUUUAGAUUGCGACACCAUGUCUGAGCGCCUGUACAACAUCAUCACCAAGGAGUGGAACCUGGAUUUGAACUACUGUAGAGGUCAGGCCUACCUAGGAUCUGGUGAUGUGUCCUAUAAAUUGAAGGCAUUUGCAUGCAAAGUUCAGGAAAAGUACCCGCUUGCAAUCUGCACACACAGUUCUUGCUACUCCUUUAAUACAUGGUGGUCCAGAUCCAUACCUGUACCAGCAAUUACAAGAGCCCUGGACACUGUGGAUGAGGUUGUGCUCUUCUUUAGCAGUGAGCCUGCACUGGAAAAACAGUUGGAUCAGGUGAUAGCUCAGGGUCUGAGGGAGAGCUAUGAAAAAAUUCAAGAGUUGCAGGGGAGGUUUUGUUCCCUUUGGCUUGAAAAACAUGACUCCUAUGAAGUUUUUGUGCAGAUGUUGGAGCCCUUAGUUGCAUGUUUGGAGAAAAUUAAGAACAACAAGCCACAAAGGUGGAAGGCCAGUACCUCUGAAAGAGCAGACAGAUUAUUAGGCUUGAUAAGGGACUUUGAUUUCAUUGUGCCUAUGGUUGCCCUGAAGAAUGCCUCUUCCUUCACAAAAGAGCUGAGCUCUGGGCUCCAAAAGGAUCACUUUAGUGCAGCAUCUCAGCUGUGUCAAAUAAGUGGCAUUGUUGCCACCCUCAAUAGAGUGAAAACCAACAUUAAGGUGUUCCAUCAGAAUUGGUUUGAUGAAGCAUGUGCUGUGGCACAAAGUCUCAGCGUGCAAAUAAAAGUGCCUGAAAAUGCUCCCAUGCCCAGGGAUGGUAUGUUGAAACCAGCUACAUAUUACAAAGAUGCACUGAGUGUCCCACUUGUGGAUAAUCUCAUCACUGCUGUGAAGGAUCAUUUCUCUGAUGAUCACAAGGAAGCCUUGAACUUCCUCUCUCUGGUCCCUUGCUCUGUAACUGUGAGUUACAUGUUUGAAAUUCUCAAGUCCAAACCUCCUCUCUAUAGCAGUGAUCUUCCAGACCCUGAAAACUUCUUCACAGAACUGUGCUGCUGGAGGGUGAAGUGGAAGACUAAAGUAGUGACCGUAACUAUCCCGGACACCAUCUUUCAGACACUUCGCCUUCCCGUCAUGCAGUACUUUGGAAACAUCAACACCUUGCUGAGGAUCAUGUGUGUGUUACCCAGCACAGCGCUGGAGCACUGUGGAGAAACUAUGCGUCACAAGAUGUUUCAAGAUUACCUGAGGGAAACCCCCAGUAAGGAAAGAUCUCCAUGCUUAGCUAUGCUGCAAGUGGCAACCAGCUUCAGCAGAGAUUUAGACAGGAUGGUUGCACAGUGCUUGAAGAUUACCCCAAAGGCCCUGGAGGGACUCUGCCUGGAUAAAGAAUCCAAAAGUCUGGUGAAGCAUGCAGAAACUAAUAUGGAGGUGGAAUACCCCAAAGAGGGCAUGCAAGAUUCUGAAACACAACAAUCCUCUGACAAAAAGGAAGACCAGCCAUCAAACAUCGUAGAUGCAAACGGGCAUUCAGGAGAUAACCGGCAUAGUUUGGAUAUUGUAUUCAGACUGGCCACAAAACUGGCAAGAAAGAACUGUUCAUUUUCAGAACUUUCUAAGGAAGACCAAGAGCUGCUCCUGCAGGAUCUGACCAUGUGCCAUUGGGCAGGAGGAGAUGGCCAGUGUUUGUCUAGUACUGAAGCAAGGGAAAUCCUUGAUGGUCUUGUGAAAUCCAUCAGGCAAGCAAUACUCUCUGAAGCUCAGGAAUCCCCUUUCUUUUCUCUCAUCACAGAUAAAGUUGCUACAAUUGCUGAUAAAAAGUACAUACCCACCUUCAUAAGAUAUGUAACCAAUUGUGUACCUAAGGUAGAACUACUGGGUUUCCUGCCCUUUGAUGAAGGAAGUGAUAGUGAUACACAGUCAAAGAGCUUUGAGACAGUUCUUACGGAAGACUGGGGACUUCAAAUGAACCUUUGUCGUGGGCAAGCCUACAUGCGCUCGGGUGCUGAGAGUCUGGGCCUGAAGAAGUUGUCCUCGAACCUAUUAGAAAGAAACCCACUGGCAAUGAACACUCCCAGUGAGUCAUGUGGACUUGCCCACUGGCUAGUAGGAAGUCUGCCAUGCCCACCUGUCACCAAAGUGCUGGAAAUAGUGGAGGAUCUACUGAUGUUUUUUGACCAAUCACCAAGACUAGAGGGAGAGCUCGCACAGGCUGUAGAUGGUUUGUUGAACACACCUAGAGAAGCCUUGGCUGAAAUUCCAGAAACCUGCUGUUCAAGGUGGAAGAAGAGAGAAGACUUUUUUGACAUUUUCGUUGAAACACUGGAAGGGGUGCUGAGCUGCUUGGAUUCAGUGAGCAGCAAUGUUGGUGGCAUUUGGAGUAACACCAUGUCAGUACAUGCAGGCAUACUGGCACAGAUGGUUAGAGAGGCAGAUUUUGUGAUCACACUUGUGAUUCUGAAGAACGCCUGCGCUCCACUCCGAAACUGCAGCACAGUGUUCCGGUGUGGUAAUCCUGCUGACAUCAUCUGUGAAGUGGAUAAAGUGGCGUCAAUUAUAGAGUCUUUGAAUAAUGCUCUAGAAAACAUAAAAGUGGUCCACUCUCCUUGGUUUGAAGAGGCUGCUCAGCUAGCCACCAAGGUGGCCUCAGGACAGGUCUGUUACCCAGAGGAAUCCAGCAAGUAUGAGUCACUUGAAGUGUACUACAGGGAAACCUUGAGCAUUCCUGUUUUGGCCUCGCUGAUGGAGGAACUAAAGUACAACUUUUCAGAAAGUCAUCUGAAUGCACUGAAGAUCUUAUCUCUGCUUCCAACAUGCAACCCACAGGCUGUUGUCACAGAGUUUUCAGAGAAGCUACCAAAUAUCAAAUAUCUUCAGAUGGACCUUCCUGAGCCAGACACAGUUGGACAGGAUAUCAGUAACUGGGCAAAUUUUUGGAAAGAGAAAUGUGUGGAGGUUUCUCCCCCUGCCUCUAUAUCUGAGACACUGCUGCACCCUGAAUCAAAAGACCACAUCAAUGUAGGCACUCUACUGAAGAUAGUGGCUGUAUUGCCGAGUGUAAGCAUGGAGUGCGAUCUCAUGAAAACAACUCUGAAUGCCAUGAGGGCUUUCCUGAAAAACAGUGUCUGUAAGAAUAACAAAAUGGACAUGAUGAUGCUCCACAUGCAUCCCACAACUGUUCGAGCUUUGGAAGAAGUAAUCAACAAGUGCAUUGAUCUGGACCCAGAGAAACGUUCAUAUCUUCUUCAGGUACUAAAUCUAGUUCAAAGCCUGCACCUGGAAAGUGAACUGGGAUUUGUAGAGGAGAACAAUUCCUCUGAAGAGCCCAGAGGCUUGCAGUUGGCCUUGACUAAUAUGGUUGAACAGCACACUGCAGACAAACAAGCUGGGGACAACGGUCAGAGAACAGUCAUGUCUUUCUACAGUCCAUCUGUAAGAGAAGAAAUCCUGAAGGAACUGUGGGAUUCCCAGUUUUUCACCAUCAUUACAGAGCAGGUGACAGACAUCGAAGGUGAAUGCUACAUUCCUGUUUGUGUGAGAUACUUGGAUAAACAGGAUACUCAGUGUGAAGAGACGGUGGCCUUUGUCCCCUACAACGAGGACCCUGUGACCUUUGCAGAUGCCAUGGAGACAGUGCUGUCAGAGAAGUGGGGGCUCAACAUGGAGUUCUGCAGAGGACAGACUGUGCUGAGCACUGGGAGUGUUGGGUCUCAGAUGAGAUCUGUUUCUGCUGUUGUUUCACAGAAGUAUCCUUUGGCAGCACGCACCGUCAGCUCCUCCGUGUCUCUCAAUGUGUGGCUGGCCAGGUCCUGUUCUGUGCUGAGCAUAGCUCACAGCGUGGCUGCUAUAGAGAAGAUCUUACAGUGGUUCAGUGAUGAUGCAGUGCUACAGGCUAAGGUAGAGGACAUGAUUGCUUGGAUGUUCCCACAGGAUGAGGGCAAGGGAAAUGAGCUGAGGGACAAGUUGAUAAGUGAGUGGGACAAGAGUCAUGAUAUGUUUGAAAUCAUGGUGGAGCUACUGGAAGUGCUCAUGCACAGUUUGAAGGAAAUGACAAGAAACCAAAAGGUUGACUCUGAGACAAGCCAGGCCCAGAUCUUUUUCAACGUCAUUAGAGAUUUUGAGUUUGUCUUUGCAGUUGUGGUACUGAAGAAUGUCUUGGGCAUUACCAAAAACCUUAGUCAGAGUUUACAAGGAAAGGCCUUAGAGGUGCUUUCAGCUGUGAAUUCCUUGCCAGCUCUUAUGGCAUCCUUGGAUGAAGUGAAGAGGAAUAUUGAUGCCCACCAUGAUACUUGGUUCAGAGAAGCUGUGGCACUAGCUACGAAACUACAGAUUCGGUUGUUGCACCCUGUGGUAGAAGAACCACUGAGCAACCAUUACAAAAAUACUGUGAGUCUUAAGAUGGUAGAGCAUGCCAUCACUGAGGUCACAGAACUCUUUUCAGAACAUGCCCUUAGCGCCAUGAGAUGUCUGACGAUUGUGCCUUACGUCAUGUCAAAAAUGGAGGGUGGUUGCAUGAAAGACGAUGUGACCUGCAUUUACAAAGAGGAUCUUCCUGAUAUUGGCUCGCUAGAUACUGAACUGAUCACAUGGAAUAUCAAGUGGAAGGACCCCAUUGCUGGCUACCUGCCCGCUACUGUGCUGGAUACAUUGAAGGUGUCUGACAUAAGAUGUUUUUGUAAUAUUGAAACACUCUUGAGGAUCUUGGUUGUCUUGCCAUUCUCAAGAAAGGAGAGUACAUUCCGGCAAGGGAAAAAAAGCCUUCAGGCAUUCAUGCAACAAAAGGAAAGGUUCCUCUCAGAGCUGUUUUCUCUGUAAAGAUUGACUGACAUCAUCAGCUUACAUGUCCAUUACCUAGGAUUACAUUAGUUUGUAAUAUAGUGUUGACCAACUGACCCAACUUCCUAGGCUAGGAUAAAAUUUAACUUUAGGCUUCUGUACCUUUUUUAAUAAAAGAAAAUAAUUUACCUCUCCUGUAUGACAAGUAUAAACUAUUUUUAUUUUUUGUUGUUGCUGUUCCUUGCUUUUUAUUUCACUUUGUAGUUAAAUGAAAAGAGGCUGCCUGAUGGGACCAAUGCAUUGCCAAAAACUGCCCAUGGUGGGCUCCUAAUGUUUGUGUGCCUUAAAGGUCUUUGUGCAAAUUCGCAUGUCAGCCCUGAACAUUUGGAUUGAAAUGUAUCUAAAACAGAGGCAGUCCCUUCAGGCUUUGAAAGUUUCUCAGCAUCCAUCUGAACUUUGAAGAUUAUAUCGCUGUUAAUCAUGAAAUACAGGUGGAUAAGUUGUUGAAUCAGGAAAAAAAAAAACUGUGCAUCAAUAACUGUCAAUGAAAAGGAAACUAGCGUUCUCACGUGUCAGCAAAACUGCUAAGAUGCUUGUCAGCGUUGUUUCAUGCUGUUGUAGAAUUGUCUCCAAAGGCACAAGUUAAAAUGCUUUGUUAUAUCAGUUAGAUGUUUUACUAUUCACUUGAUUUCUUAGUUUUGUUUAUUUAGGGGAUUAGAAUGAAUUUAUGUAAACACUUCUCUACCCCCAUAAGA